AUGGAGGUAUAUGGCGGUGUGGAAAAUAAGGACUUGCAGUUUAUUGUAUGCUUUUGGGAUUCUGACCACAACGCCAUAGGAGCAGGCUCCGACAGUUCGUUGAUUAAGCAGAAAAGAGAUGAUCCGAAGAAGUUUGGUUCUCGCAAUUUCGCCAAAUUUAUUACCUUUGUCAAGCCUUUGGCCUGUUAUUUUUACCGGUUUUUUCCUCUUAAACAUCCCUCCGACUCCUUCGACUAUCCGUUACUAACAAGUCCCAACUAG